AUGAUUAGUAAUAAUAAUUCAACAGAACCAACACCUUCCUCUUCUUCAAGUCAGCAUAUUUCAUUUAAAGAUUUAUGUAAAAGUUUAAUAAAAGAAGAAACAAAUUUUGAGGAAGGUAGUGAUAACAAUAAUAAUGGAUAUUUAAUGGAUAGAGAAGGCUCUCCAAAUUCAAAACUACAAAUAAACGACAAUGAACAACCACAACAACUAUUUUCUCAACAUCUUCCCCAAUUCCCAAUAUCCCUAUCAUCAACUAACCCUUCAGCAGCAGCACUUUUCCCUUUGUCUGCAGCAAGUUUAUUUAGUUUAUUAGAAAAUGGAUUUGAAAGAACGCCAAACGGGGAGGAAGAAAACACAACGCCAAUUGAAAAUUUAAGUAAUUCUUCCUUUGAAGUUAGAGAAAGAAAUGAAUCAGAAUUUGUUUUUAACAACAAUGAAAGUAUUGAAACUGUUGUUAACAACAACUUUUCUUCCAAUAAUAACAGCAACAUUAUUAGCAUAGCUAAUAAUGAAGAUAAUAAUAACCCUUCUCCAAAUAUUUUUGGUAUUCCCCAAAAUUCUUUUAAUGGAGCGACCCCAAUUGAUCAAAUUUUACAAAUUUCUAGACAACUUUUUGGUGAAAAUAUUGCUAAACAACAACAAUUAAAUAAUAAUUCUAAUACUAUUAUGGGAAGGAAAGGGGGAAAUAAUGGGACUAGUAAUGGAAGACAAGAGGAAAACAACACAAAUACAAUGACAGCUUCAGACAGGAAAAGGACAUACCCUUAUACAUUCCAGUUUUGUGUGCUUUGUCAAAAGAAUGUGCACAGCAGUAAAUUGCCUUGCCAUAUUCGUCAAUGCCACGUGGGUAAACCGAUGUUUCAAUGUCCAGUUUGUGACUUUACUUCAACUUAUUCUAAAAACAACGUCAAAAGCCAUAUGGUCUCUUUACAUGGAAUGGCUGGCGACCCAAUCAGUUUUAUGGACGCAUAUGCUGGUCAAGUUGAUGAUUUUAUGAAAAAAUGCUUUCCGAAUGUUCGGGGCCGUGGCCGUCCAGUCCAUGGACGUUUUGGCAGUGCCAGUAAUAUUAGCGAGCAACCAGCACCUUCAAAAACCUGUCAAAAGAAGCAACAAGCUUUUAAACAAAAUAUUUUGGGAAGUCCAGGGGGAGAUACUGUAGUCUCCUCUGAGGAUGCUGCCAGCAUUAGAGAUGGUGGUGGUGGAGGAAUUGUUUCUUCUCCGACAAAUACAAAUGAAUUUUGGGCGUUAAAUGAUGUGAAUUGUCAAAAUUUGGAUUCUUCUCCCCCUCCAAAUAACAACAGCAAAAAUAUUAUUUCCCGUCGUCGUCAAAUGUCUAAUUCUGCUUUGGUUACUUCCACACAAUCUAAUAAUAAUAAUAAUAUUCAACAAAAACAACAUCAACAUAAUUAUCGUAACCGUGUUGGUUCAAAUGGGCAAAGUAAUAACACCAACAACAAUCCAAAUUCUUAUUCUUCAACGUCUCGUUUAUUUAAUCGCCACAAUAAACGCCGUUGUACUUCUCCUUCAAACCAAAAAACAACAAUUUUAGUUGAACAACAACCAGCCGUUCCAACAAAUUUAUUUAGUAAUUCUUCAACGCCUUUAUUUGGAAAUAAUGGAGGGGGAAUUGGAAUUGCUGGAGGAAAUGGUGGAGAGGGAGGAGGUGGAGGAAUUAAUCUUGGUGGAAAUUUAAAUAUUAAUAGCAAUGAAUUAAUGGGAGCUGUUUUGGAGAAAAUUACUUCAACGAAUAAUGGAUUUGGAUUCAAUCCCUUUAUUUAUUUGCAACAAUUAAAUGGAUUCUUCCCAGCAUUUCAAAAUAAUGCAACUCCAAAUAUUGCUUCGUCUAAUGUGCAGCAUGCUAUUAGAAAUGCAAAUGAAAAUAAUUGUGCUAAUUUUAAGCAGAAAGAUUCGAAUCGAGAAUCUUUUUCUCCAUCUUCUAUUGGAAUUAAUACUUCUGAAGGACCUCAAACAAUGCUUUUGAAAGAAUGCCUUUCAAUUAGCCAAAAAUUUUUGAAAGAAAUUAAUGACGGAGAAAUGAUGACAAAUUCGGCUAAAAAUAAUUUAAAUAAAAAUGGACAUCAAAAUAAUAAAAAGAAGAAAAUUGGAGAGGAAGGAGGGCACAUUUAUGAAAAUUACAAUAAUUUGGGAAAUAACAUUGCUGAUAAUCCAAAUUGCCAUUCUUCAUCAUCAACAACAGCUUCUCCAUUACCUACAACAAAUUUUCACCAUUUAAAUACUCUCAACAACAAUUUUGACAUUCAUUCAGAAGAACCUCUUUAUUUUCCUCAAAGUCCGGCUUUGUGUAAAAUUUUGGAAGGUCCAGGAUUGGAAAAAACUGUUUUCAAUACUUUUACUUCUUCUAAUGAACUUAUUGAGAAAUUUGACCUUUCAAUUUUUGAAAAUCUUCUCGAAAAACAAUCUAUCGCUUCUGGUUCUUUAUUAACUCCAGAACAGAAAAAUCAGGUCUCUAAUGUUCGUGCUCAACUUGGAUUACAAUCUUUUGAAGUUAUGUUUGCUGUUCAUAGACUUGAUUCAAAUAUUCUCAAACCUGCCCAAGUCCAUUUAGUUGAAUGUAUUGCUCCAACUAAGGCUGAUAUUCGUCGUUUUGCUUUAUUUGAACAACAACAUUCUAAUAAUAAUAAUUCUGGAAAUAUUUUGUUUGAUAAAGAUGAACAAUUUGUUAUUGAGUUAUCCAAAAUUGAACGUUUACGUGAGAAACUUGCUGUAAUGGCUUUUGUUGGUGAAUUUAAUGAACGAUUGGCACAAUUAAAUAAACAAAUUCAAUGUCUUUCUUCAGCAGCUACUUUACUUUAUAAUUCACCUCAUUUCCACAUGCUUUUACAUUUAUUAUUAAUUGCAAUUAAUUUAUUAAGUGGUGAUUUUACUAUUAAAUUAAUUAAAGCAUUUCGUCCAUCUAAAUUGCAAUCAAUUUGUUCUUUUAAUUUUCCAAAUGGAUUUUCGUUAUUACAAAUUCUUGCAAAAAUUGUUGAAAAAUAUUAUCCUGAAUUGGCUAAUUUUGUUUGCAACGAAAAGAGUUUGGUUAUUGGAGAGGCUGCUAAAGUCAAUUUUGCUUGUAUUUCCAAAGAAUUACAUUCGUUAGAACGUGGACAAUCACUUGUUGAAGAAGAAUUAAUUUAUCUUACAGAAGAAACAGCUACUAAUAAUGGGUGUGGAAAAAGUCAACAGCAACAACAACUAGCUGCUUUUUCUGCUCAUUUAACCACAGAAAUUGUUCAUUUAAAAGAGUCUAUGCAAAGCUUAAAGAGUCAAUUAAUUAAUACAUUAAACUUUUUUGGCGAAAUUGAAGAGGAACAAGAUUAUGAAGACAAUAAUAAUUAUUCUAAUAAUAAUUUCCAAAAAUUAUUCCAUCCUGAACGUUUCUUUGAAGUUAUUGCUAAUUUUUUGGGUGAUUUAAAUGAAGAAUUGAGAAAUCAUUAA